GACUCCAGGCUACAGGAACCCAACAGAACUCAACUGCUGCCUGCAAACUUCUGAGGCUUCAUGUUGUUUUAWCCGCUGACUGGGUCGCACAUCUGCUACAAGCCCUGAGAAGAAGAUGCACAUAGAUAUGACUCUUCUACAGAUUCUUGCUGUGCUCUUCUUGCCAGGAGCCUGGGGUCAGAGUGGCAGCAGCCUCGGUGUCGUGGUGGAGGCCAAGAACAUCACGGCUGCUGAAGGCUCGACAGUCUCCCUGCCCUGCCAAAGCCCCCGCAUGGUGUGGACCCGGGACAGACUCAAGGACCGUCAAAGGGUAGUGCACUGGGACUUGGUCCGCAGCAGUCCAGAAUACUCUGUGGAGAGAGUCGUGGAUAUGUCACCCGGAGCCCACCUGAGAGUUUACAAUGGCUUCAACAAGGGACGUAUAUCCAUCCCAGACACCGCCUUCACCGAUGGAAACUUCUCUCUUGUCAUCCACAAUGUGGUCGCUACUGACAAGGGGGUGUACACAUGUAAUCUUCACCAUCAUUACUGCAAGAUCCACCAGUCCGUUCAGGUCCAGCUCAAUGUCACCAAGUCAGCUCGGAGGGAGAAACGGUACUGGGACGGAGAGAAGACUGUGUUCGUGGUCUUGUUGGGCAGCUCAGUAGUGUUGCCUUGUGUCAACCGGCGGUCACUUUGGAGAGAGGGUCUGCAGGAGGACCAGCAGCAGGUGGCUCACUGGGACUUCCAGCCCCCUGGUGUGCGUCCUGAUAAGGCCGACCGCCUGGUGGACCUGUACGCCUCUGGAGAGCGAAGAGAUUAUGGACCCUUGUUCGGUCAGAGGAAGAUGAGCGUGGCGGAGGACGCGUUCACAUUUGGAGACUUCUCGCUCUUCAUCGCUGACUUGAAGCCUGUUGAUAAGGGCCUGUACUCCUGCAACCUGCACCACCACUACUGUGGUCUGCAAGAGAGGCGCAUCUUCAGACUCACUGUGGGACCUCGGCCCCCGACUGAACUCAUUACAACCCCCAGAACUUUCCUUAAUGAUGAACUAGAACCAAGGACCGCAGCCCUGUCACCAAACGAGGGGGGUCCACGUGUGGUGAACGUCUUCCUCCCCGAACAACGAAAUAAUUUUGUGCAGCAUCUGGGCUACUUCUUGACAACGCUCCUACUGCUGGCGAUCGUUGUCAUCGCUGUCGUGGUCUUGACCAGGAGGCGUAAAAAGAGAGGACUGGAGUUUGAGCAUGGUGGAUCUGUUCGGGGAAUCGUGAGCAGCGAAGGAGAAAUGACACUAGACUGUUCAGAGCUGAAGACUUGUAACCAGGAUCCUUUGAACUCAGAAUACAAAAACAACCUGCUGAAAGAAAGAGAUAUGACCAAAGACUGCAAUAAGGAAUUUGAUGGAAGGAUGUGGAAAUGAGUGGMAUUAUUGUGAGAAGCUGCUGGCAGGUCCAGGGCAAAAACCCAUUGGAGUGAAGGACCAUGUAGAGAGGAAAAAAUAGAGGAAAAAUCUUACAGGAAUUCCAGGAGAGGACAGGAGGAAUGCUCCCUCUGCUGAAACCUGAGCACACGAAGCUUUUCACUGAAGAGCAUCACAUUUUAAUGCUUUUUCCUAUAACUUGCAUUUUCCCUGGCAUAGCUAUGCAAUUAGAUAUAAUUGAUUAUUAGUCUUUGCAUUCACUAAUUGAUUGUUAAAGCUUUGCUUUCCAUACUUCAUUUCAAUUUGAUCCAGAUUGUUAGCAAUGGAUUUAUUCAUCUGACAUAAUUUUAAUCACAUUUUUUCCCAUUUUUAUUUAAUUUGGUCUAUAUGCAUUCAGAUGGUUGAGAUUUGAAUUUUGUGUACUGUGCAUACUUCUGGAUUGGUGAACUCUUAAUAACUGAUGACAUUUUAUUCUUUAAAAAAACGUAAAACUCUGCUGGACUGUAGUUUGUAAAACACAUGUUAUUACAUUGCAAAGGUUAUUUUACCUAUGAGUAAACUUUCAGAGAAUGUUCAAAAACUAAUGCCAUACAUUUUUGGUAAUAAAAUCAGAUAAACUUUAUUAACAAAGUACAUUUAUCAAUCAGAAKUGACCAUAGUGUGGUACACAAAAUACUUGUAUUUAAAUCCUUGCAAUUAAGUAAAAAAGAAAAAAAGUGGCAUAAAAAUAAAAAAGAAUAAUAAUGAAAAAAAAAUAUAUAUAUAUUUCAAAUAUAUUUCAAAAGUGUUUUUUUAAAACUGGUUUCAAAGUGAUGCUUUUAUUGAAGGUUUUGCUCAAAUAUACAAAAUAUCGGAAUAAAAUGAUUCUUCAAAUACAAYCUAAAUCUUACAACAGCAUCUUGAACACAUGAACACUGGUAAUUGAUCAGGUGAAGAAGAGACAGUGGACUAAAGGCUCAGUUUACAGGAACUCAGGAAAAAAAGAAAGAAAGAUCCAAUAAUAAACUAAAACAUCCUUGUUGCAUUAAUGAUGUACAGAUUAAUAAUCUGGUUUAUCAAACACUGAACUUUACUAAUAAAUCUGCAUGUCCAAAUAUAAA